UCCAAAAAUGCCAAAGGCCAAAUGGAACGCAAACUUCACCCUCAUCAUCACUCACCCAAUUCUCUCCAAGCUCGAAUCCUCCUGCAACUCCAUGGCCCAUCUCCACCAAAUUCAGGCCCAAAUGACCAUUACCGGCCUCAUCAACGACCAAUUCCCCUUCAGCCGCCUCCUUGCUUUCUCCGCCCUCUCUGCCACCGGCGACUUCUCAUACGCCCGCCGCCUCUUCGCCCAUUUCCCGAACCCCAACACGCACAUGUUCAAUACCAUGAUUAGAGGAUUCAACAAUUCAAACUUCCCCCAAUUGGGUCUCUCUCUAUUCUCUCGAAUGAUCCUCGAAUCAAUUGAAAUGGAUAAACGAACCUUUGUCUUCACCCUCAAAGCCUGUGAGAUGACCAAUUGGGCGAAAAUGUUAGGAGAACAGGUUUAUUCAGUGAUUUUUAAAGUGGGUUUUGAUUCGGAUUUGUUGGUGCAAAAUGGGUUGAUGCAUUUGUAUGUGCAUUGCUGCGAGUUGGUAUUCGCACGAAAGACGUUUGAUGAAAUGAGUGAGAGAGAUGUGGUUUCAUGGACAACAAUUAUUGAUGGGUAUUCGCAGAGUGGGUCCCCCAAUGAGGCAGUAAAGAUGUUUUAUUUGAUGAGGUUUGCAAAUGUGAGGCCAAAUGAGGUGACUAUGGUUAGUGUUAUCUCGACGUGUUCUCAAUUGGGUGUUUUGAAAUUAGGGAAAUCUAUUCAUGAGUGCUUAGAGAAGUAUGGGGUGAAUGUUAGUGUCAAUGUCAUGAAUGCCUUGGUUGAUAUGUAUGGGAAAUGUGGUUGUGUAAAUUCUGCAAGGAAAGUGUUUGAUGAGAUUGAAAUAAAGGAUGUCUUUUCUUGGACUAGUAUGAUGAACGCCUAUGCCAAAUGUGGUGAACUAGAGCUUGCGAGGAAAGUUUUUGAUGAGAUGCCUGAGAGAAAUGCGAUUUCUUGGAGUUGUAUGAUUGCGGGUUAUUCUCAAGCAAACCGACCUAAAGAAGCAAUAGACUUAUUUCGUGACAUGAUUGGGACCAGUGUGAAACCCAUAGAUGCCACUCUGGUGAGCGUGCUCUCUGCUUGUUCUCAAAACGGUUGCUUGGACUUAGGAAGGUGGAUUUAUACCCAUUACAUUCAUGAGAAAAAAAUCAAACUCAGUGUCAAGCUGUCUAAUGCAUUUAUCGAUAUGUAUGGUAAAUGUGGAGCCAUUAUCGAGGCGGUUAAAUUUUUCAAUGAAAUGCCAGAGAGGGAUGUGGUAUCUUGGAAUACUAUGAUUAUGACACUAGCAAUCCAUGGAUACGGGAAAGAGGCCCUAAACAUUUUCAAUCAAUUUAAGAAUGUGGGAAUGGUGCCUAAUGAAAUCACGUUCGUGGGGGUGCUAUCUGCUUGCAGCCACAUUGGAUUGGUUGUAGAGGGUCAAAAGCAUUUUGAAGAGAUGAUAAUGGUUUAUGGUAUAGAGCCCAAAGUAGAGCACUAUGCAUGUCUUAUCGACUUGCUGGGCAGAGUUGGGCUUUUAAAAGAUGCUUAUGAGUUGCUAAGGAGUAUGCCGAUGGAGCCAGAUGAAGCAGGGUGGGGUGCACUACUUAAUGGCUGCAGGAUGCAUGGAAAUUUAGAGUUAGGUAAAUGUGCGGGUGAUAAGCUUCUUGGUUUGGACCCUGGAGAUAGUGGUACAUAUGCACUUAUGUCAAUUAUAUAUGCUACUAGAAAUAGAUGGGAUGAUGUGAAGAGGGUAAGGAUGUUGAUGAGAGAUCGAGGAAUUAGGAAAACUCCCGGCUGUAGUUCGAUAGAGGUGGAAGGCAAGUUCCAUGAGUUCUUUGCCGCAGACCAAGCACAUUUGCUAUGUAAAGAUAUUCACUCAAUUUUAAGUGUCAUAUAUAAGCAUUUAAAGUGGGAAGAUUGUCGCCUUGAUUUGUGAAGAUUGGUGUGCUUCCGCCGGGUGGAUGUAAUCUUUCAACAGAACAAAAUGAUGGGCAGCAUGUAGAUAUUCAACUGAGAAGUUCCAAAAGCUCAUUCAGCAGAUUGAUAAGGCGAUAUUUUAUUGUAUCUAUAUGCAUCAUACUUAAUUUCAAGAGGUGAUAUGCCACUGUUGAAUGAGUUGAUUGGUGCUACCACGCUGAGAACUAAAUGGGAAUAAAGCAGCCGAAGGAUUUCAUUUGUAGUUCAAUAUCAGGGAGCAUGGCUAUACAUUUUGUGAUUGAAAGUGGAGUUCCUGAUUUGAAAAAAGGAUAAAUUUUCAAAUUAGAUCAAUGAAAAGAUAAAUUCUCGUUCCAAGUUCCUUGCAUCAUUAUUCUCACCAGUCAUGGUUAUUGUACAAGAGAUCUCGUUCAGCUUGAUAAGAGCCAGUCGUAAGCUACUUUGAGAUAUGAUGCCUUCGCAAGAUGUUGUGAAGGAUGAUGCUCUUGUCGAAGCUGGGACCGAGUGUUGAAUAUUUCAGUCACUUCUUUCUUCAAAAAUAAACUUGUUCAUAAGAGCCUUUUAGACUCUGAGAACGUAAGGUUUUUCCGUUCAGGAACUUGAUGGUGAAUUAUCUCAACUUAUCCCCCCUCUAAUUUAUUUGGACAGUACAAUCUCCUAAUUGAAUGGCAGUUGCAGGCCAUAUUAGAGAUGCUUAGUUGAUGCCAUGCGCAGACAUGUGAGAAUCUUGUGUGCAAUAUCGUAAGUAAAUACUUCACUAGAGAGUAUAUAUUAUAAUCCUCAUUAGUCAUCAAUCAAGAAUAAGAAGAAGAAGGAGGAGGAGCAUACGGUUCUCUUCAAUCUCUCUCUCUCUCUCUCUCUCUCUCUCUC